AUGCUUGCGGGACGACGGCGGGAACAACUUUGUUUCCCUAAAGGUUUCAAAUUCGGAGUAGCCACAGCGUCUUUCCAGGUCGAAGGAGCCUGGAACGUGUCUGGCAAAGGAGAGAGUAUCUGGGACCGAUACACCCACGAAUACCCGGAGCGUGUCUUCGACCACAGCAAUGCGGAUGUGGCAGCAGACUCUUAUCAUAAUUUCCGACGUGACGUGGACCUCGUCACUGAACUGUCGUUGUCCUUCUACCGGUUCUCCGUGUCGUGGCCCAGGAUACUGCCCACCGGAUACAGCAAUUUAGUGAACGAAGACGGACUCCGGUACUACUCGGAACUAAUUGAUACUUUACACAAAAACAACAUCAAACCGGUAGUCACUAUUUACCACUGGGAUUUGCCACAGAGCCUGCAGGACCUUGGCGGGUGGACCAAUCCAAUCAUAGUAGAUUAUUUUGUGGACUACGCCAGGUUACUGUUCACAACGUUCGGCGAUCGCGUCGGCGUCUGGAUAACGUUCAACGAGCCGCUGUCGUUCUGCGGCGCGGGGUACGGCGGGGGGGACGCGCCCGGCGCGGGGCCCGCCGGCUCCGGCCUGCAGGACUACCUCUGCACUCACCACACGCUAUUGGCACACGCAGCCGUCUACCGCCUUUAUAAAGAACACUUUCAGGAUAAACAGAAAGGAAAGAUCGGUAUUACGUUAGACUUUUCCUGGUUGGAAGCUGCUACUACUUCGCAGGAAGACCAGAAGGCUGCAGAGACUGCCAGACAAUUUAUGUUCGGCUGGUUCGCGCACCCUAUUUUCUCCUCAUCCGGCGACUACCCCGCAGAGAUGAAAAGCCGGGUGGCGUAUGUAUCGAGGAAGCAAGGGUUUCCGCGCUCCCGUCUCCCAACCUUCACCCCGCAGCAGAUUCAGCGACUAAAGGGGGCCAGUGACUUUCUCGGUCUGAACCACUACACGACAUACUUGGUAAAUCAAGGUAGCGGCGAGAUCCACACUCAACCGUCUUUCGGUGACGACAUGGGAGUGGUCAUUUCACAGAAAGACGAGUGGCCCAGAACUAACUCUACUUGGCUUAGAGUAGUGCCGUGGGGUUUCAGAAAAUCAUUAAACUGGGUGAAAGACAACUACAACAACCCUACAGUGUUGAUAACGGAGAACGGCGUGUCCCAGGCGGCAGGGCUGCGCGAUACGAAGCGAGUGAGCUACAUCGACGCGUACCUACGAGCGCUCAGCGACGCUAUAUACAAAGACGGAUGCUCGGUCACCGGAUAUACAUAUUGGAGUUUACUCGAUAACUAUGAAUGGAUGAGGGGAUUCUCGGAGCGCUUCGGCUUGUUCGAAGUCAACUAUGGCAGCCCCGCCAGGACGCGCACCGCGCGACUGUCGAGCGACUACUACGGCAGCGUCGCCCGCACCGGCUGCCUGCCCAAGCACUAUGAUAGCUUUUUCAUUUAAAAAUCCCUUACGCCUUCUUGCCCGGGACGAGGCGCCCGUAGCACCCCAGCC